UCACCCAUCCGACAAUUCUGUUUUUUUUCCAAAGAAACAUUGAUUUUGCAAGUAAAGUUAUUGUGCGGAUCAUGCUCUAUGUACUAGCGUGUGCAUCAUCUAGACUUUACGCCAAUGAUAGAAGGACUUGUGUGAGAGAGUCUUUUUGGACAUUUACAAGUCCUACUGAAGGUGUUUGAAGCCCCACAGGAAAGGAAGCUGAGGCUCCAUGCAAGUAGCACAGAAGAGAAUAGAUAAUGGCUUUAGCAAGUUAUUCUUGUAAACUUAUGCUACCAUCUAAUGCCCAAGAACUCCAUGAUCAAGGAAAAGAUAACACAGAGGAAAGCACGGCGAAAUCCGUAGGCUCAAAUAUUACUGGGAGGAGAAGGCUUCUCAUAUCUUCUACUGCUGCUACUGCAUUAGUUGCAGCAACAAUUGAAUCCAACGACAGCAAGACUGCACUUCUUCAAAGGUAUUUGAAGAAAUCAGAGGAGAACAAAGUGAAGAAUGACAAAGAGAGAUUAGAUGGUUACUACAAGCGUAAUUACAAAGACUACUUUGGAUUUGCAGAGGGUUCGUUGAAAGCCAAGGAUAAAGAACAGCUUUCUGAAUCAGAGAGAGGUAUACUUGAUUGGCUUGAAAAGAACAAGUAGAUCAUCAAUGUCAUUUCUUAUUUAUUUUCUGUAGAACUUGUAAACUCAAUAAUUUUCUUUUGCUAAUGUAUUCGAUUAUGAUUUUCGAUA